UGCUCUAAGCUGCAGAGUGAUAGAGCCCAACACACCACGCCUUGUCCUGUCCUCCUUCGAUUUGCUCACACGUGCUCAGCUCACCGACCGCCCUCGCUUCGCUUCGCAGCUCGAUUCGAUCCCCACCCAAACCAAUCCAAGAAACCACCGCGAAUCAUGGACACCGGCAGCGGCGGCGGUGGCGGUGGCGGCGGCGGCGGCGGGGGCACGAGCAUCCACAUCACGGCGCUGGACGGCAUCGUGAACGUGAACUCGCUCUUCACCCUGGCGGCCUUCAUCGGCCUGGCGUGGCGCCCCUCCGCCGACGGGCCCGAGCUCGCCGGCGGCGCCGACCGCCUGGGCUCCGCCUGCGCCGCGGGGGACCGCGUCGAGUCCGACCUCGUCCUGUUCCACGUCCUCGCCUUCGCCUGCUUCCUCUUCUCCAGCAUCGUCGCGCUCUGCCUCAAGCAGAUCGUGCGCACCCACCCGCACUACCGCCUCCGGAGCGGCGGCGGCGGCGGAUCCGCCGUCAGCCGCACGGCCAUGAUCAACCGGGUGGCGCUCCGCGUCGGGAUCCUGGCGUCGGCGGUGGGCUCCGUGUGCGGGUGCGGGUUCCUGAUGAUGGCGCUCGUCAACGUCGUGCAGGUCAAGCUCGGCCGCCUCGGCUGCGGCGCCGGCGGCGCCGCCGCGUGGGGCGCCGUCGUGCCGCUCGUCUCGCUCGUGCCCACCGCCAUGCUCAUCUACAUCGGCAUCGUCUUCUACGCCUUCACCCGCUAGCCCAACCACCGGAUCAACAACUGAAGCGCAGCAAUGCUAGUAUUGAUUUUUUGCUUGUGAUUUUGAGAGAUCUAGAUGAUGCUGCAUUGCUGCCGACACGGCGACAUUGUAUAUACAACUAUGCAAGUGUAUGCAGCUUGUGUGUUCUUGGAGUUACCUGCUAAUUACCUAAUUAAUAUGUUCGAUGUUUUUUAUUUCUUCCUUGCAAGUUGAUAGAUUUGUUGUGAUGUGUUUGGUCAAGUACCAAGAAGAUUGAAGUCAUGCAGUGAUGAAACUUGAGUGCCAGCUGCUGGUUGAAAUGAUACCAGCUCAGAUUCUUCGAUUCAGGAAAUAUUUGGUUUUUGUUA